AUGAUGGAGGUCGGGUCCUCCUACUGGGACUUCAUCUCCUGUGACCGCACGGGCCCUCGGAAUGCAGUCCCUGACAUCCAGGGUGACUCGGAGGCUGUGAGUGUGCGGAAGCUAGCUGGAGACACGGGCGAGCUGGCACUUGAGGGGGCACAAGGACAGGCAGAGGGAAGUACCUCAGACAAGGAGGCCAGCAGCUAG